AUGAAACGCCAUCUCAUGGAGCACAGGGGAGAACAGACACCAAUCAAUGGGACCGCCGUGGGCAUGGCCAGCCCAGACACCGCAGAGGAGAGCACAGGAGUGUGCUGGCCAGGUGGGACCAUGAAGAAGAAUGAGUCAUCUCCGCGGCCAGGGCCUGCCUUCCUCCCAGAGGACGACAUCUAUUUGGCAGCCCGGGCACAGGGCGUGCUGGGCUGGAGCAGCUCUCCAUCAUCCCAGUCGUCCUCUGAGUAUCAGUCUUAUUCUCAGUACCAGUCCUGGGACUCUAGCAAGUCCGAGGAGCAGCAGGAGACGCCACCUGAGAGCGUGUGCGCCCUGUAUACCCACGUGCAGACCGUGCGUGGCGUGGCAGUGGCUUGGGAGACUGACGAUGGCUUCGAGCCAGUCACCAGGAAACCCCUUAUCCGGGAGGCCGAGUUCAUCAAGCGUCAGCGGCGGAAAGGCUCCUCCUUCGAGAUGGCCUCCAACACAGACCUGCGCUGGGAGCUGGAAGCCUGUAAGCACUACUGCCCUCAGACUGAGGACCCUGUGGACUGCUGCAUGCAGGAGCUACGAGCACCACCAGACUGGCUGGUCACCACUAACCACGGCUUGCGCUGUGUGGCCUGCUGCAGAGUCUUCCCUACGCUGGAGGCGCUGCUGGAUCACGCCCAGCAUGGGAUCCAAGAUGGAUUCAGCUGCCAAAUAUUCUUCGAAGAGAUGCUGGAAAGGAAGCGGGCCCGGGAUCAAAGGCAGGACCAGCAGCCUGUAGAGGAGGAGCAGAGCCCUUCGGACAGUAGUGAAUGUACCAGGCUCCAAACCAAGGUGCUUCCCCGGCAGCAGCAGCAGCAGCAGCAGCAGCAGCAGCAGCAGCCGUCGCAGCAGCAGCCACAGCCGCAGCCGCAGACUCAGCCACAGCCACAGCCACAGCCACAGCCACAGUCACAGAAGCAGCAGCAGAGGCAGCAGCAGAGGCAGCAGCCGCCGCCACCGCAACAGCAGCAGAAACAACAGCCACUGCAGCAACAGGGAAAGUAGAGAUCGGAGGUGAGCUGCCCGCCCUCCCUCCAUCAUUUUGGAUUGCUGCUCCUUUUCCAGCCAG